UUUUGGGAUUUUCUAUUUCUUUCAGAAAAAAAUUAAAAGUAAUUGCUUUUUGAUUUUUAUUACUUUCAGUAAAAAGUGAAGUAAAGAUUUUCAAUUAAUUUUCAAUUUAAAUGCUGAAUGUCUGCAAUGUUUGUGAUGUUCAAUAAAAAAUAAAAAGAUUUCUGAGAAUGGGGUAGCUGAAUUUCAGAGAGGAUAGACUACAGCAAACUAAAACAAUAGUUCAGGAGUAAAAUUAUUCCCCAAAGAAGAGAAUAAACAAUUCAUGCGACUCCUGUUUGAGCCAAGCCUCGCCCCGCCUUGCCAGGAUGCCCCGGGACAUAAAUCAAUUUCACCUCAAGAGCUCAAGAAAUAGAUUUAUUUAGAACAAUAACACUUUAUUGAGCAAUAAAUUUCCCCGAAGGUGCUCUUAAAAUCCCUCCAUGAUAUUUAGCGUUCACUUAAAAUAUAAAUUAUUUAGCUUUAAUUCCAAACAGAAACAUCGUUUUAUCGCCUUUAUCCAUUAACUAACCGCCUCGUCGAGAGGUCCAAAGAUUAAAAUCAAACGCGACGUUUCGUUGUCUACGGAAGCCCGAGCAGUCAAAACUAAACGAGCGAGCAAACAGAAAGCAAACAAGAACGUCUGAUGUCAUGUCUCCAGAACUGUUCAGCUACGAGUAAUUCAUUUUAUGUAAACAGGUUAACCCCGUAGGGUCCGUUAGUUUUACUUUCCUCCGAUAACCUGCUGGGCUAACUCCGCCCUGCUGCUCCUGUUUGCCUGCUGUCAGAAUGUGAUCCAUCUUACCGCUCCUGCGGUGGUUAACGGUUAUACAGCGUUUAACAAAGUGUAGCUACAGUAUCAGUUUGGCUAUGAUCUUUGGAAUGAUUUCAGGACAUUAUAAGCUGCUGUGAGCCGUCAGAAGAUGUCCGGCAGCGGCGGCUUCAGCUGGACCGUGGUUGUCCUCACCUGUCAGCAUAAAGACAGCGUUUACUCCUUCCAGAGAGAACUGGAGUUGCGGCAGCAGCGUGGCUCUCUGUCUCAGGAUGCGUUGGUUUUAACGGUGCAGGACCGCCAGGAGCCGGUGGGCAGCGGCGGGGCAACGCUCAACGCUCUGCUGGUCGCUGCAGAACACCUGAGUAGCAGAGCUGGACACACUGUGGUGACAGCUGACGUCCUAGAUGAUGCUCACAUCCUCAUCCUCCACACAGGUCGUGAUUUCCCCUGGAGCUCCUGCAGCAGAGCCUUCUGCUGGCUGCCUCAAGAGAAACACGACCAGAAAGUCCAGGCUCCGGUCUGCUGUCUGGACCUGCUGCUGGACUGCCUCAGUAACCAGAUUUGUCCUGGUUCUCCUCCUGGUGUUUGGGUCUGCAGCACCGACAUGAUCCUCAACAUACCUCCUGACUUUGUUUUGUCCUGGGAGGGUUUCUCUGGUGUUCGUGUUUUGGCGUUACCAGGUGAAGUCUCCUACGCAGUGAAUCAUGGAGUCUACCUGUCAGACCAACAGGGUCAGGUCAGAGACAUCAUCUACAAGGGGACAAAGGAGCAGAUCCAACAAUCAGUGCUGCCUGAUGGGAAAGUGCCACUGGUGUCAGGUCCAGUCUUCUUCAGCAGGUCUGUAUCAGAGAAGUUAUUGCAGACUCACGUCACUCCUCCUCUUGACGGCUGCACUUACCUGGGCCUGGACUCUGGAGCUCCGCCCCUCCAGAUCUCUCUCUUCCUGGACGUGUUGAAGUGUCUCUGCUCAGAUCUGACUCAGGAUCAGUUUGUGAGUGAAGAGAGAGCCGGCUGCAGUUCUGCUGGUGGACCACAGGGGGCAGCAGUGAGGAGCGGCAGGACAGAGCUGUGGAGGAUCCUGAGAGGAGCUCCACUCAGACUCGUUUACGUUCCCGGCGGUCGUUAUGACUACCUUACUCUGUCCGGUAAACAACAUGUCGACCGACUGACCUGUGAUAGGACAGAUGGAAACACUCUCUCACACAUCCAGAGUAAGAGCGGCAUGAGCGAAGGAGGUCGGGUGAUCAACAGCGUUCUGGAGGGAGAUGUUGCUGUGGCGACCGGAGCAGUGGUGCAACACUGCCACCUACAGGGUCCUCUGGAAGUCCCGUCAGGUUGUCUACUGUCGGGUCUCGAGUUGUCCACAUCACCGUGUAUCAGGCAGCUGGCACUGGCCAGUGACAUCAUCAUACAGGGACAUCGAAUUCAGCUGGGAGAACUGAAGCUGAACGUCUAUACAGUGAUGGGAGCUCAGGACCACCUGGAGGUCUCCUCUGAUGACAGCAACGCCUCCUUCCUCAACCAAAGAUGGAGCCUCUUCUACAGCAGAACUGGAAUACAGCCGGAGGAGUUGUGGGUCAGAGGAGAACAGCGCUCCCUGCUAGAGGCUCGUCUCUUCCCGGUCCUCCACCCUAGAGGAGGUGCUGUAGGUCUGGAGGGAGGUGUCGGCUGGCUGCUGGGGGGGGUUGGCUGGUUGCGGAGGUGGAGGGAGGCAUGGAGACUGUCCUUGAAGGAGGUGCUGUCACUCACCCAUCAGGAGGCGGAGCUGCAGUGGAGGGAUGAGUUACUGUUCCUGGCGGGGAGGAGGAGAGUGACUGAUGCCCUGACGAGUCGGACAGACGUCUGCCUGCUGCCUUGCUUCAGGGCGGCAGCACUGGGAGGCCAGCAGGGGGCGCUGCUGGAAACACUGGACAGCAUCGCCGCAGGUAGUGGGGUGGGGCCAGAGCGGGAGGCGGAGCCUGGUGCAGAGCUGGGCGUGGCUGCCCGCUGUCUCUCCUGUAUCGCUGAUGUGUUGGUGUGCAUGGCGGGGGGUAAGGGGGGGCUGAGGAGUGGGCCAGCUGCUAACGAGGCUUGGAGCUCCGCCUACUUCCUGUUAGAGGAGGGUAACCUGAGGGGCGGAGUCAAAGCCCUGGCUACGCAGAGAGGUCAUUGGCUCAGCAGGCCGGACCUGCUGGUUCGAGCGGCACGACAUUACGAGGGCGCUGGCCAGGUACUGCUACGACAGGCUGUGAUGUCUUCGCAGAGGUUCAUCUCCAUUGGCGAGGGUGAAGUCCCACCCCUUGAGGAGUGGCAGGAAGUGGAGUGUCCGGCCAGACUGGAUUUAGCAGGCGGCUGGAGUGACACGCCUCCCAUCGCCUUUGAGCACGGCGGCUCCGUGACCAACCUUGCAGUGAAGGUUGAUGGGAAGCGUCCUAUCGGUGCCAGGGCUCGUCGCAUCAAAGAGCCCCACCUCCUGCUGGUCAGCAACACUGGAGAGCGGGACAGUGGGGUUUCCACGGAGACGGUUUGUGACAGCCUGGAUGACCUGAAGGACUACUGUCAGCCACAUGCACCAGGAGCCCUGCUGAAGGCGGUGUGUGUGUGCAGCGGUCUGGUGUCUCUCUCCUCCCAGCAUUCUCUGGGGGAACAGCUGAUGCAGCGGUGGGGAGGAGGGGUGGAGCUCCACAGCUGGUCAGUGCUGCCCACAGGAUCAGGACUGGGUACCAGCAGUAUUCUGGCGGGGGCGCUGCUGGCUGCAGUCUACAAAUGCACAGGUCGAACUUACGACACAGACUCGCUCAUCCACGCCGUCCUGUACCUGGAACAAAUACUGACUACAGGUGGAGGCUGGCAAGAUCAGGUCGGAGGUCUGGUGGGCGGAGUCAAGGUGGGUCGAUCCAAAGCGUCUCUGCCCCUGCAGGUUGAAGUGGAACGUCUGAGUCCUCCAGAGGACUUCCUGGUGUCUCUGGAGCAGCACCUCCUGCUGGUGUACACUGGCAAGACUCGCCUGGCUCGUAACCUGCUGCAGGAUGUGGUGCGUAGCUGGUACAGUCGCCUGCCCUCGAUGGUUCAGAACGCCCAGCAGCUGGUGGCUAACUCAGAGGACUGUGCCAGAGCAUGUACAGAUGGUUCUCUGUCCGGACUUGGUCUGUGUCUGGACCGCUCGUGGCAGCAGAAGAAGCUCAUGGCUCCCGGUUGUGAGCCGGCCUCAGUGAGGGCCAUGAUGGAGGCUCUGACGCCGCUGGUCCUGGGUCAGAGCCUGGCCGGGGCCGGCGGGGGCGGCUUCCUCUACCUGCUGACCCGGGAGCCUCGACAGCAGCAGGCGGUGCUUCAGGUCCUCAACAACACACCAGGUCUGGGAGAUUUCAGUGUUCACUCGGUGGAGCUGGAUAUGGAUGGGAUCACAGUCCUACCACCAUCCUGAGGACACACACACACACACACACACACACACACACACACACACACAUAUAAAUGUCUCUCACUGUAAACUGAGAGCUGAUGUACUAAUAUGAAUGUGAAUGAGACAGUUUUGUAUUUUAUGAAUGUAAUUUUGAUAAUCAAGCUGUGAGAUUGUGUCCAGUAUUUGAUCAUGAAGAUUGAACUGUAUUCAUUUAUAUUAUUAUUCACAAAUAAAUUGAUAGAAUAAAUAU